AUGAGUAGUAAGACAAUAUGUGAUCUUCCACCGAAACUGGUAGGGGAGAAAAUACUCACCAAGGUUCCGAUAACAUCCCUAUCAGCAGUGCGAUCCACUAGCAAAUUAUGGGACGCCUUAUCCAAAGAUUGGAUUGUGGGUGAAGCAGAAGCAUCAAGGCAGCAGUUUUUGGUGUUCAUGACGAUGGAUUCCAAGGCUCUGGGAUACGACAUCAACCGUAACCACUACAAAAUCUUGAGGUUUGUGGAUAAUUGCAUCCAUUUAAAACACUAUUUUGGGUUCGAGAUCUAUGACUUUGGGUCUAAGUCAUGGAGGAUUCUAGACGUCAGACCCGACUGGGAGGUAGAAUACUAUCAAUGCGGCGUGACUUUAAAGGGAAAUACUUAUUUUUUUGCCCAUGAGAAGUCAAGGCGUGACUUUUUUGCUUCAAUACACAAACCAGCCAGCGUUGGAUUGGAAGAUGAAGAUGUUGAAGAUUUCUUACUCUGUUUUGAUUUUACAACAGAGAGAUUUGGACCGCGUCUGCCUCUUUCGUUUCACUCUUAUAGUGAAGAUAUUGUGACCCUCUCAUGUGUUAGAGAAGAACAGCUCGCUGUGCUAUAUCAGCAGGGUGAUGACUCAAUUGAAACAUUGGAGAUUUGGGUUACCACGAAGAUUGAUCCUAGUGUUGUGUCCUGGAGCAAGUUUUUGAAAGUAGAUAUGAGAUUACUACUCACUAGUAGUAGUUUUGAUGUUGUUCGGUUUGACCAUAACUCUGGGAGCUUCUUCAUUGACGAGGAAGAGAAAGUUGCCGUGGUUUUCGAUGUAGACGGAUUUCUACACACCGAGAGUGCCCGGUACCACACUGCUUUUAUCAUUGGAGACGACGGUUUCUUUAAAUCUGUGAGUCUCGGAGAAGCUCCCAAUGUCUAUGUCGGGGAACCUGGCUAUCUCGGAUAUACUCCGCAAGUGUUUCUCCCCCCCUCUUGUGUGCUCCUCUUCUUAUCUCCCAAGCUUAGUGCAAAUCAACCACCAACGACGCAAAAGGAAAGUAGGAGAUGAACGUAACUGCUAGUC